AUGGAGGUGCAGUCGUACUGUGCCAAGCUCCUGGGGGAGCUGAAUGAACAGCGGAAGAGGGACUUUUUCUGCGACUGCAGCAUCAUCGUGGAAGGGCGCAUCUUCAAGGCGCACAGGAACAUCUUGUUUGCAAACAGCGGCUACUUCCGCGCCCUGCUCAUUCACUACAUCCAGGACAGCGGACAGCACAGCACGGCCUCUUUGGACAUCGUCACCUCGGAUGCCUUCGCUGUCAUUUUAGAUUUCCUCUAUUCUGGGAAGUUGGAUUUGUGUGGGGAGAACGUGAUUGAAGUUAUGUCGGCUGCCAGCUACCUGCAGAUGAACGAUGUGGUGAACUUCUGCAAGUCCUACAUCAGGUCGUCGCUGGACAUUUGCAAGAAGAUGGAGAAGGAGGCUGCGGUGGCUGCAGCCAUGGCAGCCGUGGCUGCAGCCGCAGCUCAUCAGGACAGCAAUGGGAGACCCAGUUCAGGCAGGGAAGGGACCUUCUGUAGUACUAAGAGCUGCCCUCCAGCCUUGGAAGAAGGGCUCAUGGACCACUCGAGAUCGCCCCCUCGCGACGGCUACGGGGAUUGUCACUCCUCGGAGCUGGUGGUGAAAGACAGCAAGGGUGGUGGCUUGGCUGACAGUGACUACCUGUCUUCUCUGCCCCGAAGAGUAAAGCCCAAAGGGGAACUUAAUGGAGCCAGAGCGGAGGUGGAGAUGAGUGAACAGCAGCUGCAGUUCAUGGCCCCGCCGAGCCUGGCCCACGUGGAGGAGGGCCUGCCCAGCAGCCCGGCGAUGGGUUUGGCAUACACCAACUACCACAUGAAGCAACUCCUGGAAGCCCUCCUGCGCAGUGGGGCUGCCCAGAGCAAAGAACUCGCGGAACAUCACUUGUCUCGGGGCUUGGAGGGAAGGCCAGUGAGUGCAAGAAUAGCCAUGAGUUCUGUGAUCGACGUUCAGAAUGACUGGUAUGGAGAGGAGGACGCAGGUGACAUGCUGGUGGUCCCCAUCAAGCUCCACAAGUGUCCUUUCUGCCCUUACACGGCCAAGCAGAAAGGCAUCCUGAAGCGCCACAUCCGAUCACACACCGGCGAGAGGCCGUACCCCUGCGAGACCUGCGGCAAGAGGUUCACGCGACAGGAGCACCUUCGGAGUCAUGCCCUGAGUGUACACAGAGCCAACCGUCCAAUCAUCUGUAAAGGCUGCAAGAGAACUUUCACAAGCCACCUGUCUCAGGGCCUGCGGCGUUUUGGGCUGUGUUAUAGCUGUACCUGUGUUACAGACACUCACUAUGAAGAUGAUUUGAUGCCCAUCGACCUUAGUCUGGUGGAUGCCUCAUAUGAAAGCCAAGAAAGGAGUGACACAGACAAUGACUGGCCCAUCUAUGUGGAAUCUGGUGAGGAGAAUGACCCGGCUGCAGAGGAGUCUGAAGAAAAGCCACAGAUUCUGCCCGACUUCUCAGAUCAAGAGACACUUACAUAA